GCAUAUCCCACCGCCAAAGCAGCGGCGACGGCAGAGAUGACGGACUUCCCCAAGGAAGUGCCGGUAACGAAAGGAGAGUACCGAUUUUUGACUGGCCGUGGCGAGGGGGAGAAGCCUCGUUCGUGCUAUGACUUUGCUGUCGUGACCAAGCGGCUAAAAGGACUCGAUUCGGAGAAGGUAGCAGUGCAAACGACAAUUGUCGAUCCACUCGUGGCUCAGGGUUUGUGGGUGGACGUGAUUGAAGGCACGGACUCGACGUACUACAUCGUCCUCGUCCGCGCGCCAGAUGCGCUGGUGCUCCAUUUUGCCAAAGAUUUGAAACUUCAGAUGUGGAUGCGGUGUGGAAACGCGCGGGAACUGGACGACAUCCUUGUCAACGAUCCUUCUGACGUCGAUCCAGCCGACCGCAUCCAAGCGAUUGAGUACAUCAUCCGCGCCCGCGCCAACAUCACGAAGAAGGCCGUGCCGCUCAUCCGCCACGUGUUCCCCGUCCAGGACGAAGCAGAAACGUCCGCAUUGAUGCGCAAGUACAUUCGAAGCUGCGGUCGUCUCGACGCCGAGCAGUUCAGUGCGCAUGUGAAGACGUAUUUUGGGGAGCGUGUCGCGUACUACUUCUGCUUUCUCGACUGCUACAACCAGAGCUUGAUUCCGAUCGCGAUCGUGGGGGUAGUCUUCACGCUGUCACGUCCGUAUUUAGGCACGGCCAUGUACAUGCAGCUUUUGGUCGUGUGGGGCUUUUUCGUGUCGGUGAUUUGGAGUUUUUGGUUUCUCAAGCGGUGGCGGCGCCACAACAGCGCGCUCAACUUUGCGUGGAAAAACGACCUGCAUACCAAGUUCCUGCUGUAUCCGAACCCGAACUUUCAAGGCUCGGAGCGGUACAACCCAGUCACAAACAAGAUGGAAGUUGUUUACGCGUGGUGGAAGCGCAUCCCCGUGUACGUGUUUGUCACGAUCUUCAUGGUAGUGCAGAUCGCGAUCAUGAUGCUGUUCAUCGCGGCCUGGAUCACGACGUACGAAACAUUUCAGAUUCGAUUCCCCGACACGGGAUUCGGCGGGGUCCAGUGGUUUUGUGUCCUCGGGGGCGGGAUCGUGUUUGGCCUGUUUGUGGAUGUGGUGCAGUGGGAGCUGGUGGUCAAGACAAUGGCCCAUCUGUGUACACAAUGGGAAAAUUGGCGCACCACCGAGCAGUUUGAGCGCAGCUUGAUUCGGAAGCUGUUCUUCAUGGACUUUCUCAACAUUUACACGUGGUUCUUCCUCCUCGCGUUCGUGUACGUGGUGCCAGGGGCGGGAGAUACCAUCACCAACGCCCUCAACUCGGUUCUGUUUCAAGAUGAACCAAACUGCUGCUUUGGCCCGUACUUGGACAAAUGGUCCAAACUGUGCACGUCGUGCCCGCCGCCAUGGCAUCGUCUUCCCCACGGCGGCAGCUUGACACAGUGCAAUCCUUGCAAAGGGUACGUCACGUUCGACAUGAAGCAUUUGAACUUGGAAUCGCUGUUCGUGACGCCGGUCGUGGUGGCGCAACUGCUGAACCUGCUCAUUCAGCUGCUCGUCCCAUGGGCCCUUCGCCGACGCCACGUCGCGCUGCGCAAGCGCACCGACCAACAAGCGCUCGCGAUGCUCACCACACAAGACGCCCGCAAGCGCGAUGCCGCAAUCCUUGGCACUCUCGAGUAUGGCGAGUCGACAGCAGCCGACAUCGUGGAGCCCACCACUGUUUCUACCGGGGUCCAGAAAACAACCCGGCUUGCGAGCGAUUCAAAAGCCAAAGGACUCCAAGUCAACGUUCAAGCAUGGGAUGCGCUGCAUCGUGUCGCGCGGGAAGUGCUGUUCCAGGGCAAGCAAGAUCAGUACGAUCCGUACGAUGACUACCACACGGCGAUGGUUCAGUACGGCUUUGUCGUCAUGUUUUCGAUGCUGUGGCCGCUCAUGCCGCUGUGCUGUUUUUGUAUCAACGCGCUCAAGUACCGCGCCGACGGGUACCGCCUGUGCACCAAGAUGCAGCGCCCAUUGCCCCAGAAAGCCGGCGGGAUUGGCGAAUGGUACACGAUGUUUGUCAUUCUCGCGUGCAUGGGUGUGAUUGUGUACACGGGGCUCGUAUUUGUGUCGACGGGCGCGGUCGAGUUUUUCGUGCCGCAAUGCGUCGCCAAGAUCAAGCUCGACUCGUUUCGGUUUGGUCCGUCGUUUGAGUGCUUUGACAUGAGCACACGCCUCGUCAUGAUCCUCGUGUCGGAAAAUGUGCUGUUUGUUGGCGCAUGGCUCUUUUGGAACUCGUGGCGCAGUUUGCCCAAGUCGCUGGAAGAUCGACUGGGCGCCGCCGAGGCGUCGUUCAAGUGGGCGCUGUAUACCGACCGCGAAAAGACCGGCGCAACUCCAGCGAAACACCACACGACCCCGAGAUCCACCAAGCCCCUUCGCGGACCGACCGAAGCAUCCCCACUGAUUGAAAAGACACACAAGGACCUCGCGAGGAAGUGGGACCCGUAGCUCAUCGCGGGGUAGUUCAUGCCAUGUAGGAUAUUUGAUUCCCCACACUUUGCAAAGAUAUACACCACCGUCCACUGCGAUGAGAAAACGUGCUUGCCAUGUCUUGCAGAGUGGAGCAGGUCGGCCAUCGUUUUUUUACUGGAAACCAUAUUCCAAAGCAGAGUCCAGAUUGAUUCAUCC